CUCCAACCUCAAUGUCCACACCCACCCUCCUCCGCCACAUCCACCUCCCAAACAUAACCCCCUUCCCACAAGCCCAACACCUCCAAUCGGCCCUCGUCUCGCAAUUCCUCGCCCACAAAGCUGCCCCCUCCUCCUCUCCACCACCACAACCCACAAUCCUCACCUUCGUCCCAACACCCGUCUACACCACCGGCCGCCGCGAACACGCCUCCCUCACGCCCUCCCAACUCUCCAUCCUCAAACAACCCCUCGUCCCGCUCCGCCCCUCGUUCCAAAACCCAAAUCUAGACCCCGAAUGGGCCACCAUCGAGCAAACGCUGCGAGGCGGCCAAACGACCUUCCACGGCCCCGGCCAAUUGGUCAUCUACCCCAUCCUCGAUCUGCGGGCUCGGUUCCCGCCGCGGUGGGAGAAAGGGAUUAGUGUGCGCUGCUACGUGCAUUUGCUGGAACAAACAACGAUCAACACAUUGUCGGCUUGGGGCCUAAGAGGGGUCCGUACCGAGAAUCCUGGGGUUUGGGAGAAGGAAGGGGAGAGGAAGAUAGCGGCGCUCGGUGUGCAUUUGAGAAGGAGUGUGAGUAGUUAUGGGGUGGGGUUGAAUGUGAAUACGGACUUGCGGUGGUUCGAGCGGAUCGUGGCGUGUGGGUUGGUUGGGAAGGGGGUUACGAGAUCACUAGAAGUAGCUAAAGAAGCAGUGAGAAUUGUAGGAACAUGACUACCUGUCCCUUGUAAAUGUACAUGGUUAUAUAGAUUUAAACUAGGCCUACAACAUCGAAAGCCUUCAAAAAUUGAGAGAGGGAUUGGC